CUUUUGAUUCCUGUUACUUUGCUGCAGCUGAGCCAGCAGAUUUUGGACUUGUUUCAAGCCUGUCAGCAGCAAGUUACUGACUUGAAAAAGAAAGAUGUCUGUCGAGCAGAACUCCAGAGAGAAAUUCAGCAUAUCUUUCCCCAGAGCAGGCUGUAUUUGGUUGGAUCUUCGCUCAAUGGGUUUGGCACAAGGAGCAGCGAUGCAGAUUUGUGCUUGGUCAUCAAAGAGGAGCCAGUUUUUUGGCAGAUGAAUCAGAAAACAGAAGCAAGACACAUACUCAGCUACUCCAAAAACAUUUCUACACCCGACUUUGUAACUUACAUUGAAAGACCUCAACUUAUCAGAGCAAAAGUGCCAAUUGUAAAGUUCAGGGACAAAGUCAGUGGUGUGGAGUUUGACUUGAAUGUAAACAAUGUUGUGGGAAUCAGAAACACAUUCCUUCUCCGAACCUAUGCACAAAUAGAGAGCCGCGUUCGACCUUUAGUUCUGGUUGUUAAGAGGUGGGCCAGUCACCAUGGCAUAAAUGAUGCCAGCCGUGGAACCCUGAGCAGCUAUAGUCUUGUUUUAAUGGUUUUGCACUAUUUACAAACUCUACCUGAACCAGUUCUUCCAUCUCUACAGAAAGACUACCCAGAAUGUUUUAACCCUUCGAUGCAGCUGCACCUUGUACACCUUGCUCCUCGCCAUAUUCCAAAGUACCAGUCCAAAAAUAGCACCUCCUUGGGAGACCUGUUUGUGGGUUUCCUAAAAUAUUUUGCUACGGAGUUUGACUGGACAGACAAGAUAAUUUCUGUGCGAGAAGGCAAAGCUGUGCAGAGAACAGAUGGCAUUGAAUGGAGACACAAGUACAUCUGUGUGGAAGAGCCCUUUGACAGAACAAACACUGCUAGAGCAGUACAUGAAAAACUGAAGUUUGACAUAGUUCAAGAUGAAAUCAAGAAGGUAAGAAUAUGUGCUUUUUACAGCCAUAUUUUAACAGAAGCUGUAGUAUACUUUCAGACAGCUAGGCAUAUAGGAUUAUUUCACAUCUUUGCCAAACAAUUGCAGAGAUUAGAAGAGAGGCCACAAACAGAAUUCAUUAUUUUAAGUAUGAACACGCUGGCAGACUUGUAG